GGGAAGCAACCCCGCAAAGCCACCAACGGCACCGCCGCCUUCGCCGCUCGCGGCGCCGUCACCGCCGCAUCGCCGCAUGUCGGAGUCCUUCAGCUGGGUCCGCGCGGCAGCGGCGGCGUUGCGCGCCAAAACCCGGGGCCGGCUCACGGAGGCGUGGGAAGUGGACCUGGAGGCUGCCAUCUGGAAAUGCCACGGGCAGAACUUGGCCGACGUGGACCUGGAGGCUGGGGAGGUGGUGCGGGGCCGCGCGGUCUUCGAGAGCGGCAGCUCCCUGCGCCGUGGCAGUACCCCAGCGGGGGCCAGGCGCAAAGCCAAGGCUUCAGCUUCGUUUGCCGAAAGAGGCCGACGCUUCGAGACGCCCCGCAGAGAAGCCAAGGCGGCCAGCUCGCCCUUUCCUAGCUGCCCGCGCAGCUUCGCGCCGCAGGCCCCGGCAGAAGCCUUGGAUUCGACGGAGCCGAGCGCCAAGGCGGCGCCGGCGGCGGCGGCGGCGGCGGCGGCGGCGGCGGCGGCGGCGGCGCCGGUGCCCCAGGCCAUCGCGCCGCCCGCGGGCGCCGUGGCGGUGGCGCCGGCGCUGCCGGAGGGCGCCGCGUGCCUGUCGGCGCGGGAGCACCGGUCGUACCUGGACUCGGGGGAGGAGGUGACGCUGCGGAGGGUCCAGUCCUCCAAGGAGAAGAUCGUGCCCUCCAAGUCUCCGGAGCCGAAGCCGCCGGCCAAAGCCCCGGCCAAAGCCCCGGCCAAGGCGGAGCCGGAGGUCCUCAAGAAGAUCACGGCGAGCACCCCGUCGCCCGCAAAGGCCAAAGCCAUCCGGGACGAGUUGGGCGUAAAGCCGGUGAAGGUCACGUUGGCGGAACAUUCUCCAGCCGCCACAUCAGGAGCCAAAGAUGCCGAGACGAGGUCGACACUGGUGGCCCCAGCGCGCAACACCGAGGCUUUAGGCCGGCUGCAGAGCGGCGGCGCCCUUCCUGAAAGGCGAGCGUUGCAGCGCUGGCAGGGCGCGCAGAUGCCCUCCUGGGUCACGCAGCUGCCGCAGUCGGGCAUCAACUCCACGGCCAUUGCGGAGUGGCUGGAGGGGAAGAUCUCUUGGCCGCUCUGCUGGGUCCGCGUGGUGGACGAGCUGCGGCGCCACGGGGUGUCCGAGCGGAGGAAGCUAGACGAUGUGUCGGCGGAGGUCAGCCGGCAGGCGCGGCAGGCGCUGGUGGACCGCCUGAGCUUCUCGGCGCGGCCCUGGCUGCUGGGAGCGCUGGCCGGGGGCACGGCCUCCCUGGCGCUCCACGAUGGCAAGACCUUGGAGGGGCUGCUGCCUGCCUGCAUCAAGGAGUCUCCGGCCAAGGCCGUGGAAGCAGCAAUGCGCUGGUUCUGCCAGGGCAUGAGUGAGCAGGACCCCGAGAAGCUGCAGACCUCGGAGCUGUGCCUGGCCCUGGGCUUCCGGCGUCUGCAGCUCAAGGCGCAUCCCGCCGCCAACGGCGACCAGCGGCAGUUGCUGGAGGCCAGCGUGUCUUUGGAGCUGCUCCGUGCCACAGCCCCCCGGCUCUGCCCGAAGCCAAGCAACGGCGAAGGAGGCCUCGGAGAGCUGUCGGAUCACGAGCUCUUGAAGCUGCUGGACCUGAAGAAGAGCAAAGAUCCAGGCUCGGCGGCGAAGGCGGCGGGAUUCCUGGAGGGCCCCCUGCAGCGGCGGGUGCAGAAGUACGCGGACGCCUUGGAUCGGAUCCGCGCCGCGGCCGUCUCAGAAUUCCGGGCUUCCAUGGCUUGCUAUUGA